AGAAAGUGCUACAGAAAACUAAAUCAUAACAAAAAAGAAAAACAUAUGAGGUUGAAUCACAAGGUCUAAGCUAACAAGGAUGAAACUUGACCUUCGGGAUUGCUUAGACAGAGAAAGAUCGAAUUGAUGGUUAAGAUAUCUUUCAUGUUGGUUCAUUCUCAUUCCGUUUGGAAAAAAAUAAAUACAAAAAGGAUAAAAAAAAUUGAACAAAGACAGGCAAAAAGUUCGGGAAUUAAAACCAGGAGUUUCAUGAAAUGAAACCAAGAGUCACUACCUUCAGUGUGAAGAUUAUUUAUAUUUGAUCUGCUAAUUUAAUUUCCAUUCUCAAACAAAUCUACACCACUUUUAUAAUUGAAACAUUUUUAGGAAAAAAUUGUGCUUUGCAUGUAAAAAAACACCUUAGUAGAUUGAAAAUGGAAUUUCAAAAUGGAAUAAAAAACUAAAACACAAGCAAAUGCAAUACUUUAAAACAAAAAUACCUUCCAAACAGUAAACGUGUUUUAAAGACCUUAAAGAAGAUGCUAUUAAAUCAUAAGAUCUCAGCGUUAUAUUUUGAUUUCUAAUUUUUUUAAGAUUCAGAUUCAAGCGUUAUAUUUUGAUGUCUAAUUGUUUUAAGAUCUGAGCAUUUUAAGACUAAAUCUUACGAAGUAUAUUUUAGCCCAAAGUUAAAAACUUCGAUUCACAUGAGAAAAUAGUUCAAAUGAUGUAUGGAUUGAUUGUUUUCAAAAAUCGACUAGAAAAUUAAAAGAUUCUCUAUGUUAAAUCCUCGCAGAUUUGAGAGAAAGGAUUACCUCAGAGAAACAGCAUGAACAUCGGAGACGACCACCAUCUCUACAUCCCAUCCGAUAUCACAGAAUAGAGCUUUUAGAUCGACGCUAUGGAGAAAAGAGACACCCGAUUCUUAAAAGAUGAGAAGAGGUGCAGACGGCAGAGGAUGGGGAAUGGGGAUAAUUGGGAGCAGGGUAGAUGGGCUCAUCCGGUUAGGGCUGCUUUUGCUUUUAAAGAAACAAAGUGUUGUUGUUGCCCCGCCUGCAAAUCUGUCGGCACCCUGUUGCACCAUAUUAUUGCCUUGGGUGGCUAUCCUUCUUGCUCCAACUAUGGCCUUGAUUUUUGAUAAAAUUCUCGUGACAAUGGACGAUGCUUUGAACAAACUUCUUGGUGUGUUGAAGAAUAUCUUUUAUGGAAGAGUUGAGUUUCAUGACGGAGUCUGUUUAGCUUAUGAUCAUGUGGAUGAAAUUUUGAAGACGCUCCACUUAUUUCGUCAUCUUUUAGAUCUACCAUAUUCUGAUUCUGAGUUAUAUGCGUUCAAUGUGGAAAUCUCUUGCUCGAUACAAGAUUUGGUGUGUGGUACUCCAAUGGCAUUGAGUGAUAUUCCCUUGGAGUUAAAAAGUUUCAAAACAAAGAUGAUGGACGCUAUAAGGAAUAUUCUCGGUGUUCCCAUUGCUCCACCUGAUCUGGCCCCUACAACCACUCUACACAAUCCUACAACUAAGGACAUGGAAUCUGUGGAGCGUACUGGUCAUAAUUCAAUUAGAGUUCCUGAAGUUGCCGAUGAUGGUGUUUCUGUUGAAGGUAUUGUUAAUGCCUUUCCAUCAGAUCUUGUAGUUGUUGAUACACCCGUAGAUGCACCGGGUAAGGGUGAAGCUGCAAAGGAUCAAACAUUGAGCAAUGUCAUCAUCGCAUGUAGCCUUGUACCUUCGUCCAAAACGGCCCACGUAGCAGAUGUAAGUUAUACGCCAAUGGACAUCUCACUUUCAUUUGAUAUCAUCCAGUCCUCUGGCCAUGCGAAUAUCGUGGAGUCCGAGUAUUGCGUUUCAUCGCAGGUAGCAAAGUUUGCAUUUGCUCUUCUCUCUUAUGUCCAACGCUAUACUCCAAUCUGCAAGCUUAGUGAGUGGACAUAAUCUUUGGGUCAACAUCUUCUCUCCAGUCCAGAAGCAUGAGUGGGAGCCUCCACUUUGAGGACAAGGUGGUUUUCUAAGGGG